UGCCUCCAUCGAAUUCGCUCUUUAGGAGGAUUGGAGUGGAGAUAGCGAAUUGGGUGUCGUUGUCGUAAGCUCAAACCCUAAAUCCAUUUGCUGCCCUGACGUUCCUUCUAUCACAUCACCAUUUUUCUCACCACCGGAUCCGAUCUAAGAAGGUAAGAUAUCGAACACUUCGCUCCUCCUUUUCCCUCGCUCUGUGUGCUCUUCCGUUCGUCGCUUUAGUUCCUUAGACUCUGUUGGAUUAUGGGUGCUUGUAUUCGUACGCCCUAAAGCACCGAUCUAAGAAGGCUUGCACGAGCCGUGCGCUCCUGUCGCUGAACUGUGAGCUCAAAGCUUGUGCAAAAUCAAUAAAUCUAUAUAACUAGUCAGUCUAGAAUCCCCUUGAGCCAAAAUCGAACUUUCUGCUCGAGUGUAGGGUUGCGUUUGUUACUCAUGGAUUGAUGAACGAUCUUUCGCUUGAUUGCCCGAUUAAUGGCCGUCCCCCUCAUAAGUUAGCUCCUUAUCAGUUUUUACUUAUUUGAUACUGUCUGUGAGAAUAGCCAAUUUGCAGAGCAAUAGCGAGUACAUAGAUUUCAAGGACUCAUGUGUAUUUUACAGGUGGAAUUGUAGUGUAAUUUCUGAAGAUAUUGUUGGGUUGCAAGAAUUGUGAUUUGGGUCGCACGUAAUUGGAUGAAUUGCUAUUGUGAGAUUACAUGUGGAUGAAUUGCAUGAUCUUAUUACUAGAAUGAAUAAUGUAAAAAAAAGAUGUGUUCUAGAAAUGGGAUGCAUACGUGCUUUUGAAGCGAUUCUUCGGCAGUGAGUUUGUGUGGUAGCUAGCUAGAUUGCCAAUUUGCAGAGCAAGGGUGUCGGAAGUUGGCGCAACUUGCAUUGAAGGGGUGACAAUAACGGUUUAGCAAUUCUCCGUGCUUAUCACAUCUCUUUUUAUUUUGAAUAAGGCCUCGAACAAGUUACGAGAACAGCCUCAAUCUGUUGUCGCAGCAAAGACCUCCGUUCACUAUUUAGCUGCUGCCAUUGACUUUCUAACAUGUUUUUUCCUUAAUGGAUGAGUCUGAGAUUUGAAAUGGUUAUUUUGAUGAUCAUUCUUGUAGAUCUUGGACAAGAUGUCGAAGAAUCCGAAGAUCUUGUUUGACAUUGUCAGUAGGAUGAAAGCUGGUAGGGCUGCGAAUCUCGGGCGCUUUGGAAGAGCUGGGACUCCUCUUGAUCACUACAUGGGUUCUGCUUCCAGCCACCGUACCAUCCCUACUUUCAUGUCCCUGCAAGGUGGGGACUUCACCAGGUCAAUGGCAACUGCUGCAGGUCCAAACACCACAAUUGGCUCGCAGUCGCCGGCCGAGAAGCACGUCCUCCGCCCCUUAUCUCCUCAUCUCCCCGUGUACAAGCCACAGCUUAGCUCGACGUCUUCCAUUUCCAACAGAAUCUCUGGGGCUUUCCUGACCGGCAAUGUACUGGUUUUCUAUCUUCUUUGCCUGAAAACAGGUCCUCUUUGCCUCACCUUUGAGAACUUCUACCAGUUCCUAUUUUACUCGUCGAAACUCACCCUGGUCUCCGCUGAGCUUGCUGCCUUGGCCAUGUCCUAUCAUGUGUAUGCUGGGGUUCGUCAUUUGUUGAAGGAUUUCUCCGGGGUUUCCUUUAGGAGAUGAGAGAAGGUUGGGCCUGGAAGUGGUAGCAGCACUUCCUGAACUGUUUGUUACUGAGGAUUGUGGCGAGACUGCUGAGAAUAAGUGGUACCACUUUCCAAAACUGUAGUUACUGAGGAUUGUGGUGAGAUUGUUGAGAAUAAGUGUGUCGAAUCUGUGGAAGAUGUGUUUGUUUUCGCGGCAAUGUGUUUGUUUUUUUCCAGCUAAUGUGAUCUAUUGGAUAGAAACAUAGAAGCUCUCACUUGCCAUGCUUUUCAGUUUAUAGAUUCCUAUUCCUGCUAGGUCUUGUUAUUUAGUUGUUACAUACUUGCAUGCCUGUUGCUGCUGAAGGUUCAUAGUAUGAUAGCCUUGCUGAUUUACCUGAAUUUUGUGCCAAAGGAGUUGACAUGUGAUUCAGCGCUACUGCUCUAUUGCAGAGGUUUGUUUGACAAUGAUUUGGAAUUCAUCACACUGGUUGAGUCAUCUGUUUAUUUGGAUCUUCAGGUUUCUUAGUAUUCAUCGUGCAAUAAUAAGUGUUUUCGUAA